AUGAAUAAAGCAGGUAGACAGCGGUAUUCUGCUCCACCCGCUCCAUACUUCCCUCCACCGCCCACAGGCGAGAAUGCUCCAGAUCAAGGCAGAAAGAUGACGACUGGCCUCCCCAAUUAUGCCUAUCGGGCAAUGUACGACAACAACCCCGACUCGAACCCAUAUCCGUCAGCCGGCCGAGCCGGCAGCCACAGCAACAGCAGCCAACGAAGUCGACAAAGCGCCUACGGAUCCACGAGAGGAAGGUACGAGGAUGAGCGGUACGGCAACAGACGAAUAGAAGACGGCCAUUAUUCCAGCGACAGAAGAAACCGCCCCAGCGACAGACGCCCCCGUCGCGGCCGUUCAUCCUCCUACGACUCCUCGGAAAGAUCCUACGACUCUCGCGGCGGCAGAAGUUAUACCAGCCAACGUCGUCGCGACGACGACGGCCGACGACGUCGCAGCCGCAGUCGCCGUCGUCGUGAUAGCCGCAGCCGCAGCCGAAGCCGGGACACCGAUCGCCGGGACCAAGCUGUCCAAAAGAAACAACAACAGCAACAACAAGGCAACAACAACGAAGAGAAAAAAUCCGGCCUGGCCAAACUCGAAGAAUACGUGACUCCCUUCAACGUCGGAAUUCUCAUGGGAUGUAUGGAUCUCAUCGGAGGUUCGAUUUCGCUCUACAUGACCAAUAAACGCUUCAGUAAAAAAGCUUUGGCCAAAGGGCCGGCUCCUGGUGAACCUGGUGCGUCUAGUGGGGGAGGAGACAAAUCGGGCUCUGCUGACAACAAACGGCAGGAUAAUCGACAUGGGAGUAGUCAUAGAAGCGGUGGUGGUGGUGGCAGCAGCAGAAGUGGAGGAGGAGGAGGUUCGCGCGUCUCGAGAAGAUCUGCUGCUACUGGCCGGUCGAGAUCGUCACGUGGGAGGAGAGGAAGGAGGAAUUCUUCUUCCUCUUCAUCAUCUUCGUCUUCCGGAGCUAGUAGUACAAGCUACUGGAGUCGAAGUGAUACAAGGCGAUUUCGCCACAUGCCAGAACGACUGGAAUAUGACAGUCGUGGAAGAGUUUCGUCUUCGAGAGGCGCAGAGAGGAGAGGCACUGCCGAUGCUGCUCCUGCUGCUGCUGCUGCUGUACAUCGUGAAGGUGGUGGAAGAAGGUGA